UCAAGGGGCUGUGGAUCUCCAAGCGCACCGUGAGGGACUUAAACGCCUCUCCACACCGGGUCGGUCCACGUCCUUCCGUCCAUCUGGCGAUCUAAAACCUCAUUUGAAGUGUGUUUUUACGCUUUGGAUCCUACUACUACGACAUGCUUUUCCUCUUGUUUUGAGAUUUACUCCCGCCUAGGGAGCGAGAAAUACGCGGAGAAACAGUCACCGCUUGGUUUCCACCCGACGCGCACACGGCACCAGCGAGCGCACCCACGUUGUUACUCCGCACUCAGAGUGAAGGAGUGGGAUCUAUAAGGAGAACAAGUGCACAGUAAAGCGGACAGAGCGAGCGAGAAGAGGGGGACCGGGAACGAGUGAAGGUGGGGAAGAGACUGGAAGGCGCUCCGUUGAUGUUUGGGAUCCAAGAGAGCAUCCAGAGAAGCGGCAGCAGCCUGAAAGAGGAGCCGCUGGGAGGCAUGAACGCUGUCCGGAGCUGGAUGCAGGGGGGCGGUGUGCUGGACGCCAACACGGCCGCCCAGAGUGGAGUGGGUCUGGCCCGGGCGCACUUUGAGAAACAACCGCCCUCCAACCUUCGGAAGUCCAACUUCUUCCACUUCGUCCUGGCUUUGUACGACCGGCAGGGCCAGCCGGUGGAGAUCGAGAGGACCUCCUUCCUGGGUUUCGUGGAGAAGGAGAAGGAAACGAGCGGGGAGAAGACCAAUAACGGGAUUCAUUACCGGCUGCAGCUCCUUUACAGUAACGGCAUCAGAACAGAGCAGGACUUUUAUGUUCGACUCAUAGACUCCAUGACUAAACAGGCCAUUGUUUAUGAAGGCCAAGACAAGAACCCAGAGAUGUGCAGAGUGUUGCUGACACACGAGAUCAUGUGCAGUCGGUGUUGUGACAAGAAGAGCUGUGGAAACCGUAAUGAGACGCCCUCAGACCCUGUUAUCAUCGACAGAUUCUUCUUGAAGUUUUUCCUCAAAUGCAACCAGAACUGCCUAAAGAACGCAGGAAACCCUCGAGACAUGAGGAGGUUCCAGGUGGUAGUUUCGACUACGGUGAGCGUGGAGGGACACGUCCUGUCUGUGUCCGACAACAUGUUUGUGCACAACAACUCGAAACAUGGCCGCCGGGCCCGCAGGCUCGACCCAGCAGAAGGAACGCCGUCUUACCUAGAACACGCAGCAGCUCCCUGCAUUAAAGCCAUCAGUCCCAGCGAAGGUUGGACCACAGGGGGCGCUACAGUCAUCAUCAUAGGAGAUAAUUUCUUCGACGGUCUCCAAGUCAUCUUCGGUACCAUGCUGGUUUGGAGCGAGCUGAUCACACCUCACGCCAUCCGGGUGCAGACGCCUCCCAGACACAUCCCCGGCGUUGUCGAGGUCACUCUGUCUUACAAGUCCAAACAGUUCUGCAAAGGCACACCUGGGAGAUUCAUAUACACAGCACUGAAUGAGCCAACCAUAGACUACGGCUUCCAGAGGCUUCAGAAGGUCAUCCCUCGACACCCCGGGGACCCUGAGAGGCUGCCAAAGGAAGUUAUUCUGAAGAGAGCAGCAGACCUGGUAGAAGCGCUGUAUGGGAUGCCCCACAAUAACCAGGAGAUCAUCCUGAAGCGGGCGGCGGACAUUGCAGAGGCUCUCUACAGCGUCCCACGAGGUCACACCCAGCUCUCUGGCUCCACCCACACUGGCAUGAUGGGGGUCAACUCUUUCACCGGGCAGCUGUCCGUCAACGUGUCCGAACCAUCGCAGGCCAAUCAGGGUUUCGUGCGCAGCAGCAGUAGCGCGUCUCCCCACGGCUACGUGUCCAGCUCCACGCCUCAGCAGACCAGCUACACCUCAGUCACCAGCACCAUGAACGGCUACACCAACAACGCUGGCAUGACCAACCUGGGAGGCUCGCCCACUUUCCUCAAUGGGUCUGCAGCAAACUCGCCUUAUGCUAUUGUCCCAUCCAGUCCCACCAUGGCCUCCUCCACCUCUCUCCCCUCCAACUGCUCCUCCUCCACCGGCGUCUUCUCCUUCUCUCCGGCCAACAUGGUCUCCGCCGCCGUCAAGCAGAAGUCAGCCUUCGCUCCGGUGGUCAGGCCCUCCUCCUCCCCCCCGCCCUCCUGCACCAGUGCCAACGGCAACGGGCUCCAAGAUCAAACAUUUGUGGACUCUAGCAAGUACUCAACAGCCAGCUCCCUACAAGGCCUGGCCUUCACCUGAAUAAUCCCCGGAAUGAUCGUCCCACCCAUGUAAAGGUGUGAGUGUGUGUCUGUAUGUGUGUAUAUGGGUGAGUUUGUGUGUGUGUGUGUGUGUGGGUGUGUGAGUAUGUGUGUGUGUGUGUGUUUGCGUAUAUGUGUGAGAAGAACAAAGCACACUCACGCCAGCUCUGGUGGAGGAUUUCAGACUCCGGUUGGGGAUCGAACCAGCGGUCCUGAUCUGAAGGAAUGAACCCAAUCUCAGGCCCUUUCUACCACACAACUUUACUGCGAGGAAAAAAAAAAAAAAAAACACACAAAGAAGAAGACAAAAAAAAAAAGAAAAGACUAUUGACUAUUUGCAAGAGAACAACUUGUUUAAACUUUGUACGCCUUGAUGCUUUUAUAGGAGAAAGGCCACGCCUACAUUACCAACAUGAUACACCGCUCUCCAUGAAUAUAGAAGUGUAUUUAUUUUGGACAGAAUCCACUUCCUCCCCCUGAGUGAUUCGUUUAUUCGUUUUGUUUUCUUUUUUUUCCUUUUUGUGCAAAUUAAUGUGUGAUAAUCAUCCUCUAAGUGUAGCCUACAUGAGGGAUUUUCUUGUGAUGAAGUUUGGUUGUUGAUGAAGGAAUAUAAUGUGAAGAUAGACAGAGACAGCUACCUGAAGGAUAGUACUGAUGAUGAUGAUGAUGAUGAUGAUGAAGAGACAGGGCUGUCGGAUGCAAACAGAGUCCCAUUCAGACGCCACAGACAAGCCAACACACACACUUUUACUUGUCAUAGCCAUGCCAAAACACACACACACACACACACACUGCCAUCACUACUGUAGCACUAGCAGCCAAAACAGCACAGAGAACUCCCGGGCUUUUUUCCACUCCAGCGACACCGAACCUUUUUGGUACCAAAGAACUGGAACUUUGGAUUUUCCAUUCGCCGAGGCUCCGGUUCCACUUCCAGUUGAUUUGCCACGUCUUCGCCACGGAUCUGACACCCCACAUGUCCGUUCUCCUUAUCCCUGCUCGCCAAAACUUUACUCUGCACUCCAUCAGAAAAGCACUUAGCGUUAUAGAAGUGAUUUGGAUUGUCAUAUUUAAGAUGAGAUAACAUUAAACGGAACAGGAUGCUGGGAUGUUGGCACGUUUUGCCUGACAGCAGCUGCACAGAUAUGCUGAGUAAUAUCCUUGGCUCACCUUUGGCAUCCGGGUAAAAGCCACAAUAUUCCCAAUUACAAGUCUCUAAGUCGUCCACGCUGGCUCAAAUCUCAAAUAGCUGUGAAAAUAAGCAAGAUCGACCAGGCCUAACGCUCAGCUAAACCGAUUUGUUAGCAUAAUUCUAGUAACUACUACAAAAAGAGUAGCGUCAUAUCAUGAUUAAGG